AUGUCGGAGAAGACCUUCGAUGACGUCGAUUUCGAUCUUUUCGAGUUCCUUAGCGAGCAUUGUCUGCCUCGCACUCCUUCCGACUUGGAUAUUCCCGAGUGGGCAGCGGCCCGUGAUUUCUUGAUGUCACCAUCACCAAGUUUCGAGUUAUCCAAGUUUCGAUCCUUCGUAUCACCUGCGGACAUGCAGUCCGACAGUGAUAUCUUGGCCGACUCCUUCAAUCCCUGCGAGGGAUGGUCCGUCGGCAACAACACUCCAUUCGAGGAGCGUUUCCCAAUGGCAUUCGAGCCAUAUCCCGUGGAUUUCCUCAACACGGCCGGUGUUCAAGAAAACUGGAACUCAGUUCCAGUUUCACCCGAAGUUCCAUUCGCGGCCAUGUCUAGUCCACUUAUUCCUUCAGACGACGCUUCCAUGGAUAGCUCCAGCUCGGCCUCAGAGUGGGAGCCUCCUCGUCGUCUCCGUGAGGGUCUAGUCGAGACUCCUCACUCGCCCAAACUCACGCGCUCUUCCGCACAUGUGUCUUCUCGGGCGCAUAUACUCGGCUCGACCUCUAACACGACAUUGGUGAAACAGCUGUUCGGCGACAACAUGUGUACCAACUGCCGUGAGUCUCCUGCAAAGCUGAACUGUGUCCACGAGCCUGGUAACGCUUGCACGCCCUGCAUUCGAAACCGUCGCCGCAACAAGUGCAGUUUGGUAUCCGAACGGCGCCGUGAGAAACAGCCAGUUGAGGUCCUUUCUUCCGAGUCUACUCCUAAGCCUGCCGAGGCCGACUCUUUUCGCCAUGCUUACACGCUCCAACCAUCGGAAGGUACUAUCGCGGGUACCCGUGUUGCUCUCGCUGAGCUGAUGGGUGACAUGGAGGUGAUCCAGCAGUACACGGCGGCUGUUGCUGGUCGGCUCGCGCGGCUCCGCGAAUCUCUCUCGUCUUCAUCCUUCUAA